AUGAGGCGCCUGCAGACUAAACUGUCCGUGUGUGAGCCCCCUGCUAAACAACAGCAGGCAUUUUUCCUGCAGCACAUCGCCGCAGCACAUGGACGUGCUCUUUCAGCUCCCGGAGGGAGGGUGGGUGGUGAGUCCGACCAACUUGAUUUGCUUCACGCAUGCUGUCCAGAAAAGCAUCCACGAUUAAGCGAAUGUCUGGAGCGUCUUCAGUUGGUCUCAUUGGGUUCCUUCUGUGGCGUGAAAUUCUCUUUACAGCGGCUGGGUCUGGGAACUGCUCAUCUUCCAUUUGACUGGAUUCGGACGACACAAGACGGCGUGGAGCGCUUUCUGGAGACAAACUUCAGCGAAUACUUCUUCGUGGCUAGCAGGCUGCAGAUAGAGCCCGCUGCGCUAACGGUUCACCGGGGAGCGCAUCAUUCCUUCUGGCAUGAUGACGUCAGCGACAUCACUGUCCGCGACAAGCUGCGCCGAAGAGUAGCCCGCUUCCUCGAUUUGGCUGCCAACUUUCCGACUCAGUCGCGGGACUUUCUUUUCGUGCGCAGUUGCGCCUGUACUUCAGAGCUCCAUCGUGCUGAGGAGCUUUAUUCAGCUUUGGAGGAACGAUUCUCGUGCAGAGGACAAACCAAAAGUCCUCGGGUGCUCCUGGCCAUCAUCAUUGACGGCCAGGUACAACGUCAAGGUCCAAUAUACCAUGCUUCGCUGCCAGGCCUAAUUUUCUUCACCCAGGAGCAGCCGAGUGAAGAGGAUGCGACAGAUGGUCAGGCAUAUUCCUGGGCAAUCGCGGCAGCUUGCGAGACAGCGUUGGAAGAGAGCACAGAAG